UAUUUUCAGAAAUAUUCAGUAUUACCCAUACGCUUACUCAGUUUAGUUGCUAUGUCAUAAGCUGCUUGUGUUUGGGAGUAUUACGAAAUACUCGCAUCAGGACAUCCUUAUCCCGGGAAUAUACAAUACUGCAAUCAUUGCGCAAUACGGAUAGUGGAUAGAACGAAAGCUCCAAAGGAAGGAUUUUACUCCACUUAUUUAUUUGAACUGCAUAUUGCGAUAAAGGACUUUGGCAGACAAGAACAUGGCCCCGUCACCGAUUUACCUCAGGACAGUCAUUCUAACUGCCGUUUGCUUUUCAACUAUCAUCCCAAUUUCACACUGUGAUAUACGUGAAUUAUAUUCAACAAAGCAGAAAACAAGCGAUUUGAGAUGGACUUCAGUUGGGUGGGAAGAAGUCAGUGGAUUCAAUCCUGAAAAACUUCGAACAGUUCGAACUUAUCAAGUAUGCAAGAGUUCGUUUCCAAAUCAGGAUAACUGGUUGAGAACAACUUUUAUACCGGCAACGCAAAAUCAACGUUUGCACAUUGAAAUUGAGUUCUCAAUCACAAAGUGCGAUAAUCCUCUUCUCAAAUCUGCAAAAUAUUGCCGCGAAACGUUCAACCUGUAUUAUUACGAAAGUAAUAGUGAUGUAGCUUCCAGUACUUUCCCUCCAUGGAGAGCGAAAGCGUACAAGAAAGUUGACACAGUUGCUUCAAAUACAGAUGGCCCGUUCAAUAAUAAAACUUUCACUGUGGGGCCAUUGAAAAGGAAUGGACUAUACAUAGCAAUUCAGGAUCAAGGAGCCUGUAUGUCUAUCAAUGGACUGAGAGUAUACUAUUAUUACUGCCACGAAAAAACUGCUCAACUUGCCACAUUUCCAACUACCAACGCAGGAGGGGAAGCAACCUCCCUUGUGGCUUUGAAAGGAGAAUGUGUUGCGAAUGCACAGCGCACUAAUGGAGAAGUGCCUACAUACCACUGCAACAGCGACGGGAAAUGGAAAAUAUUGACAGGAGGUUGCCAGUGUGACCCGGGAUUUAAAAGAAAUCGAGACUCCACUUUGUGCCAACCUUGUGCUCCCGGUACUUUCAAGGCCGAUGCAGGAAACGACGAUUGCACAGUUUGUCCUGCGAAUAGCGGUCCCAGUGUAUCCAGUAACACAACUUCAAUACCAAGCGCCGGACUUGAUUUCUGCAGAUGUCUACCAGGAUUCUUUCGCGCUGCCGGAGAAAAGAAGACUGAACCAUGUACCAAACCUCCUACAAAACCAAGAGCAGUAACUGUAUCAAAAAUGAAUGCAACGUUUGUGUUACUAAGAUGGACUCGACCAGAAAGUACCGGAGGAAGGAACGACAUCACAUACAGAGUUUCAUGUGAAAAAUGUGGCAACGAUGAUUACUCUUCAUGUGUUCCUUGUCCAACUGAUGUUCAAGUUCAAAAUCCAAAGUCAAGUGUAAGCGGAGGUUCAACAUCAAUAAAGGGAUUGGAACCAUUUACAAGAUACAUUGUUAAAAUUUUUGCCGAAAAUGGAGUUUCAGAUUUGUCAAAAACCAGCCCUGAAUAUACCGAAACAAAACUGUUUACUAAAGAAUCAGCUCCUUCCGUUAUUACAAGUGUAUAUUUGUCGAAACGAAACGAAAGAGCAGUAGAAAUCAAGUGGCGACCUCCGCAACAACCCAAUGGCAUCAUCAGAAAAUAUGAAAUUGAAAUCAGACCAAAGAAUGACGUCACAACGAAAGUUAGAAUUGCGCCAAUUUUGAAAGAGACGGAUACCACAACAGCACUCAUAGAAAACUUGGAGCCAAAUACAAAAUACGUCAUUCGAAUUCGAACUGGAAAUUCCGCGGGAUUUGGGGCUUACAGUGUUGGAUAUGAUUUUGAAACAACGUCAAUCGUCGACAAUGCGCCGUCUUCUCAAGUUGAGGGCAAUACCACGACGAUAGUUAUCAUAGCUGUGGUAGUUGUUGUAAUCAUCUUCGUUAUAGUUGGAUUAGUUAUCUAUUAUAAAUGCGGACGUCGAAUGACCGGCAAAGAUACAAUAACAAACGGGGGAUCUCAGAGACAUGCUCAAGAACCAUUAAUAGUCAAUUUACCACCUCCAGGUCAUCGAAUUUAUGUCGAAUAUUCGGAUCCGAAUCAAGCAGUCAAAAACUUGAAUAAAGAACUCGACCCAACAGAACUGAACGUUUUGGAUAAAUUGAUUGGUGAAGGUGAAUUUGCACAAGUACUCCAUGGGAAUCUUACUCAAGGUGGAGACACAUUCCGAGUCGCUGUCAAACAACUGAAACAUGGAGCAUCAGUGAAAGAUCAAUCGAAUUUUUUGAGAGAAGCUUGUAGCAUGGCUCAGUUUGAUCAUUCUAAUAUAUUGCAAUUGAAGGGCGUUAUUACAAAAAGUCGGCCUGUCAUGAUUAUCUCAGAAUACAUGGACAAUGGAUCCUUGGAUGAAUAUUUGAGAGUACAUGGUGUAGAAAUUGUUCAUCAUCAAUUAGUGGGAAUGCUACAGGGUAUUGCAAGUGGAAUGUCAUAUUUAUCGAAGAUGAAAUACGUCCAUCGUGAUUUAGCUGCGAGAAACAUCCUUGUCAAUUCCGAUCUCAUUUGUAAAGUUUCUGACUUCGGUCUCUCAAGAACUCUGGAAAAUGAUCCGCAUGCUACAUACACUACACAGGGUGGAAAAAUUGCUAUUCGCUGGGCUGCUCCUGAAUGCAUUCGAUACAGACAAUUUACUUCAGCAAGUGACGUUUGGAGUUAUGGAAUCGUAAUGUGGGAGGUUAUGUCCUACGGAGAAAAACCGUACUGGGAUAUGACCAAUCAACAGGUCGUUCAGAACAUUGAAAGUGGAAUGAGGUUGCCUGCACCUACGAAUUGUUUAAAAGCUGUUCACGAAAAGAUGUUAGAAUGUUGGUCACUCGAUCCAAACAAAAGGCCGAAAUUUAUUGAUCUUGUCAGCGAUCUUGAAUCUCUCAAAAAAGCUCCUCGACCAAAUGGAAAUAUAACUGGCAACGCAUCUUCAGCAAGUCUAGCCGGUGCUUGUGCAACUCCUAAUCUACAACAUGCGCUAGAUCACGGUGAAAUAUCCACAGUCGAACAAUGGUUAAAAUGUCAAAAAUUAGACAAAUACAAAGACAGAUUCCUGGCUCGUGGUCUUGAUACUUUGGAUAAAGUUUCAAAUCUAACAAUCGGAGAUUUGAGAGCACUGGGCAUCGAUGUUACAUUACACGUUCACAAACUCGAAAAUGGCAUCAAAUCUCUUCGCCGUCAUCUCAGUACGUCAUCAAGCCGACCAACGUCAUCAUAUUCCACAGAAGACUUAGAAACAGGCGACGAUGACGUCAUGUUACCUAACGGCCAUGCCGACACCCACAACCGACCAGUUCGAAACGGAUCCGUCAGAAGACCAGCUACGAUUGAAGAAACGGAAGUUCUUAUACCGGAAGGAAGUGUCGCUGUUUGAAAAUGCUCUCGGAUGCCUCCAAGUGAGCAAAAAUACGCGGAAUGAGCUCAUUACACCGUAAAGCAACUUCAGGACUAUGGCACGGAUAAAGAGCCACCCAAUGUAUGCUACGAGAUAUGCUUUGUGAAAUUGCGAGCAAAUUGAAAAAAAAAUUUGAAACAGUACAACUGAACGACUGAAAUGAAAUUUUAGCAAAAAUAGGCAAAUUUAAAAAACUUCCCACUUUUCGUAUUGUUAUUUGACUUCGUCAUAUGUACAUGAAAAACAAAAUGGUUGUCAAGUCUUCGCCUUGGCUAACACGUCUUAUCUUACUUUGAUUGGUAAUUUAAACAAACAAUAUACAAACGCAAAACGCGGCUACGGAAUAAUGUACGACAUAUUGACAUUUAUGCACUGCUUAAAUGAAUAAAAAGUGAAUUUAAGAACAGGGAAAUUACAAUAGUACUGAUUGGAAGCCAUUCAAUCAUUGGGUAAUUAGGGCAUCAUCAUUUUUCUGCCAACUAUUUCUCAUAUAUAACUACCGGUAUCAUUUAUUUCGACAAUAGACCGUAUAAUUCCCAACUAAAGUUCUAUAUUAUGAUUACGAUAAAAUAACAGCCCUGUGGCACAAUUGAAUAUUAGAUUCGAUAAUCAUGUUUUGUCAAUUGGAAAUCGGAUAAUUUAUUAUUUAUCAAAUUGGAAAUGGUUCCAACUUUGCUUUGUAUAUAAGCAGUUGUUAUUAGAAAAUAAACGUCUUUAUAUUUUAACUUAAUUGUUUUUUUUUCCUUUUUGAGUGAUGUAGUAUUUAUUUAGAAUCUAUUUUGGGUUAAAAUAUUGACGAAAUUAAUGGUUCUCCAAAACUUUUCAUCGGUAAUGUAUCGAUAGAUAACCGCUUUCUGUAAAGUAAAAAUCCAUGGGCGCAAAUUUUGUUUCUGUAAAAACAAAAACUUAAUUUGCAUGUAAACAAGAGAACAAUGAUCAAAUUAUAUGGAAACUGUUGUACAAUGAGUAGUACGGUCACCGUAAUAUUACCAAAAUUCAAGCGCCAACUGUUGUACAAUGGUCCCGUGAAUUUAAAAAAACAAAAGUAUUUUGGGGUGGAAUAUUGGGCGCCCUAAAAAGAAUUAAUGUGAAUGCUGAAUUUUUUAGCAAAAUGAUCCACAGGUCCACUUCGUGUCUGAAAACAAUGCGAGAAAUGUUUCUUUUCUAUAUUUGUUUUCUUCGUUUAUGUUUAUGAUAGGUUUGUCCGCAAAAACGAGUUUUACGCACGGUUUGUUAUUUUGACACAACUGCUUAUUAAGUUCAUUGGCUUCACUGUAUAUUUGCACGAUGCUUUACUUUAUUCGUUAUUUUGAUAAAUAUAGAUGAUGAAACACGAAAAACAAAACGAAAGCAAAGACAAUUAUCAACGAAAUGCAACCAAACAAAGCUUUUAAGAUAUCUUAGAUUUUGUACAUAACAUAUUCCUGACUAUAAAUAUUCGAACUUGAAUCAAUUUCUUCGAAAAAGUCGGAGAAAAUUGAUUCAUCGGAUAAAACCUUUGCU